CCGGAACAGAAUAAGCUGAACGAGGAGGUCGGAAGCAACCAGACCUAGCCUGUUCCUCAGGCCGCUCUAGCCAAAGGAACCAUAAAGACCAGACUAGAGCUCCUUUCCGUCCUCUCUCUGGUUCCACCCGCGGCUUCCGGUUCCGGGAAGGGGCCGAGUUUUCUUCGAAGAUUGGGGCUCCGCGCUACAGACAGGAUGGCUGUGGUGUCGCUGCUGUUGUUCGGGGGUUUGUGGAGUGCUGUGGGAUCGUCCAGUCUGGCUGUCGUUACAUGCGGUUCUGUGGUGAAGCUGCUCAAUACGCGCCACAACGUGCGACUGCACUCACACGACGUGCGCUACGGGUCAGGUAGUGGGCAGCAGUCAGUGACAGGUGUAACCUCUGUGGAUGACAGCAAUAGUUACUGGAGGAUACGGGGGAAGACGGCCACAGUGUGUGAGAGGGGAACCCCCAUCAGAUGUGGUCAGCCCAUCCGGCUGACACAUGUCAACACUGGCCGAAACCUCCAUAGUCACCACUUCACCUCACCUCUUUCUGGAAACCAGGAAGUGAGUGCUUUUGGUGAGGAAGGUGAAGGCGACUAUCUGGAUGACUGGACAGUGCUCUGUAAUGGGCCCUACUGGGUGAGGGAUGGUGAGGUGCGGUUCAAGCAUUCUUCCACUGAGGUUCUGCUGUCUGUCACAGGAGAACAAUAUGGUCGACCCAUCAGUGGGCAAAAAGAGGUGCAUGGCAUGGCCCAGCCAAGCCAGAACAAUUACUGGAAAGCCAUGGAAGGCAUCUUCAUGAAGCCCAGUGAGUUGUUGAAGGCAGAAGGCCAUCACACAGAGCUAUGAGUCUGGAGGCUGUGAGCCACUGUCACCACACAGUGUUCAUAGACAUCUGCUGCUCCUUCACCCUUUGGAUCCCUGCCACAGGUGACCAUGUCACCACUGAGAUGAAGAUACAUGAUAGGAAACAGUGGAUGUGUUUGGAAGCCUCAGCCCUUCAUGCUUGAAUUGGUUGUUCUCCCAGACUUGGGUCAGUUAUUUCUGAGUACAAGACUUGUUGGUGAAGGAGCAGAUGCUUUUUAUUCAUAUUAAUAAAACAAAAACGGAGGGAGGCAUCCCUCCUAGCUGGGAAAUUUUUAUUCCUCAGAAUCUUGGCAUCAUGGAUUAUUAAUGUGUGUGACUUUUCUCCCACUUUCUCCAGAAUGAUAAAAAAAAUUUCACUGUUA